AUGGUAGGUCUCAGGAGUCAGAAGCCUCCAAUUCUGAUGAGAAGAAACACCAGAAGGGAAUGGAGAAGCUUGACAAGAGAAUGGUUCAAUGUUAUUGUUGUAAUAGGAGACUUUGAAUAUGAGUUAGAGUCAGAAGAUGACUCUGAAUCUGAAGUCGAGUCUGAUUCUGAAUAUGAGUCAGAAUCGGAAGAUGAGUCAAAAUAUGAAGCUGAGUCAGAGUCAGAAGAUAACUCUGAAGCCGAAGUUGAGUCAGAAGAUGACUAUGAAGUUGAAGGAGAAGUUGCCUCUGAAGGUGACUCUGAAGAUGAACAAAACUCUAAAGGCGAGUUUGACUUUAAAGGUGAAUCUGAUUAUUAUCUAGAUUCUGACGAUGAUCCAAAAUCGGGAGGUAAUCCAAUCUCUGGAAACGGAGCUUCUGGAGGUGGAGCUUCUAAAGAUAUUGAUUCUUAUUCAGAAGAUGAGUCAGAGCCUGAAAAUGAUUUUGAGAGCGAGUCAAAAUCAGAAGGUGCGAUUUAUUAUGAGGAAGAAUCUGAUUCUGAUCCAAAUUCUGAUUGUGAUUCAGAUUCUGGUGGUAGUCUAGAUUAUGGGAAUUCCAGAUUCUGA